AUGGAGUCAGGGCCGCCGGGCGGCUCCGGGCCCGCGGAGCCGGGGCCUCGCCUGCGCGGCUGGCGCGGCGCGGACGCGGCGGCCUCGGCCUCCUGGCUGAGCCGCAUCGGGGCCGAAGCCGGGUGUCGCGCGCCGGCUGUGGCGGCCGUGUUGCCGGCGGGGGGGAGCGGGGAGAGGAUGGGCGUCCCCACCCCGAAGCAGUUCUGCCCCAUCCUGGAAAGGCCGCUCAUCAGCUACACCCUGCAGGCCCUGGAGAGAGUAUCUUGGAUAAAGGACAUUGUUGUGGCAGUAACUAGAGAGAACAUGGAAACAAUGAAGGGAAUUAUUCAGAGGUACCAGCAUAAACGCAUCUCCCUGGUUGAAGCUGGAGUGACCCGCCACAGGUCAAUUUUUAAUGGUCUGAAAGCACUGGCAGAGGAUCAGCCCAACUGUAGACUCUCAAAGCCAGAAGUAGUGAUCAUCCACGAUGCUGUGAGACCAUUUGUUGAGGAAGAUGUCCUCCUCAAAGUUGUCAUCGCUGCUCAGGAACAUGGGGCCUCAGGAGCAAUCCGACCUCUUGUAUCUACUGUCAUCAGUCCGUCUGCAGACAGCUGCUUAGACUACUCCCUGGAACGUGCCAGACACAGGGCAAGUGAAAUGCCACAGGCCUUUCUAUUUGAUGUGAUCUAUGAAGCAUAUCAGCAGUGUAGUGACUAUGACUUGGAAUUUGGAACUGAGUGUUUGCAUUUGGCUCUAAAAUACAGUCAUAUCAAAGCAAAACUUGUGGAAGGAUCCCCUGACCUCUGGAAGGUGACCUACAAACGAGAUCUGUAUGCAGCUGAAUCGAUUAUUAAGGAAAGAAUUUCACAACAAGUUUGUAUAGUUAUGGACACAAAAGAAGAUGAAGAACAUGUAGGUCGUUGUCUUGAAGAAAUGCUAAAAACUGAAUUAAAUCAUGUAAAAGUCAUAUCUGGCCAAGAUCUUCAGCAAAUCAUCUUAGAGCAAUGCUACAGCUUUGUUUGUGUGAAUGUUAUGACCUCUGAUUUUGAAGAAACCCAGAGGUUACUGAAUAUGCUGGAAGAGAGUAAUCUUUCCAUUUUAUAUCCUGUUGUGGUUAUUUCAGUGUAUUUUCUUGAUUAUGAAUCAGUACCAUUUGGUCAGAAAAUGGAAAAGGUAAUGCAGAUUAGAGAGUUUGCCAAGGAAGCGAAAAAAAGAAAUAUUUUACUAUUUGGCCUUCUCAUAUAUUUCCCACAGAACAAUUAUUAUUUUCUUUCAGGAGGAACAGAAGCUACGGGAAAGUUUAAGGCAAGGCGCCACCAUUAUUGCUGCCUUAAUCAAAGAAAGAAAUUCUGGACUCGUUGGUCAACUACUGGUAGCAUAAAGAACAUGGAGGAAAUUACCUGCUGUGUUCUUAGAAACAUUCCCCUAAGUAUUUCUUUUGUUCUUCCCUCCAAAUGGUAUAUGGUAGAAUGUUGAAGUUGUCUUUUAUAAUUUGUAGGAUGUGAUGCUUGGGUGAACUUAAAAACAUUUUUAUGUGUGCCAAAUAUAAAUUGCCUAAAUUGGAAAAGAACAAAUAAGGGGAAAAUAAUGGCCUUCAUAUAAAGAAUCUUUUCACAAAGGCAUGAAAGGGUAAAAUAGAAAUAAUGAGGAGUCAGAUAAUUCUCCAAGGAAUGAAAGUUUAGAAAAUGUCAACUAUUAUCUCUAUGUUAAUUAGUAAAUCACUCUAUAAUGAAACUAAUAAUUAAGAUUAAUGAUUAUUGUUAAUUCUAACAGUAUCCUCUCUCCAUGGUUUAUUUUGAAUUGCAUUCUGAUUUUUCAUACCUUGACCAAAGAGAGAGAGCAGUGAACUAUGAUCUGAGUGUCUUCACCAAUAGCCUACAUUACCGUAGAUUCCUAAAGGAGAUAGACUCUCCUUCUGCUUUUCUAAUGUUUUAAAAUUGUAUGUUUUCUUCGGUUUAUGAAACACAGUUUUGACUUACACUAAUUUAAAAGGCUUCUGAUUUUUCUGAAUAACUUGAAAAGAAGAUUGGAAAGUGUCAUGAAAUUAAUACCGGUCAAUCUCAAGUUAGUCUUCUGAAAGGUGUAUCAGCUACUGGUAGUUGAUUGCACAUCAAAUAAUUUUGAUAACCACUGUCUUUUUAAGUUAAGUUCUUAUUCUUUCAAAUUUCCACUGGUAUAUACAUCUUAGGUACUGAUGAUUUUCCCCUUACCUUACAUUUUAUAAUUCUGUGAAUUCAGUUAUUAGAGAUGCUUUUUGUUCUAUAUAUAUACUUUAUAGAAACACAUCAGAUAGGGCUAUGCCAGAACUUAGUCUGCCGCGUGGAAACUAUGAAAGUUGCAUAAAAUGUUUUCAGUUACAGAUAGUGUGUGAAUUAUCUGCCUUGUGCAGUCUCUUCUUAACAUGUUGGGUAAUUUUCCCUUUAUUUCCCAAGUAUCUAUAGUAGUUGGAGAGUUUAUUUUUUAUAUUUAAAUAAUAGUAGAAUGUAAAGGACAUGAAAUAAUUGUUGCAAUGCAUUCUCCUAGAUGAAGUGUGUUGGUUUGAAUGAAUGUAGGCUUGAAUCUAAAUUCCUGGGCUCACCAUUUUCUCUCUCUCUCUGUGUCUCUUGGAAUGUUAAGAAAUGUAAAUAAAUCAUUUAAUUAAAAAU